AUGCCUGCCCGCAUUGCCCGCUCUGCUCCUCCUCGCAAUGGUAAUGCGAAUCGCCUGGAUUAUUCUCGCUCUCGAUCUCACCUCUCUAAUAAUGACCGUGUCGAUCUCUACCACAAAUUUUCUUCCGAAAAGCUUAAACAGACUGUGCACCGUCAGGUCGCAGGCGCGGAAGCUGCCAAGUCGGUCCAUGGACCGGUGGAUAUUGAUUCCUUUCUGGAAAUCGACUGCUUCCCGGGGAUGAAGGUUUGCGGCGUGAAGAACGAGAGCGUAGUCAAUAUCACUAACUUGCUAUGCCGAGUCGACCCAACCAUUAUUGGAGCCAGCAAACGGUCCGAACGACUGAUGUAUUCACCUCUGGCUGAUGCGCUAAAUGAAAUUGCCAACAAGGCCGUUACAGGUCGUCCCUUGCCUGUAAAGUUCGACGUUUGUGGAGACCUACGCCCGGCAGAGGAGAUUGGCGGUUUCCGAACUACACCCGACCUAUCCAUCCAACCACGGAGAAAAAGUAAGAACAGCGGUUCCUCGAGCGAUUACUGGGCUCGCGGAUUGGGCGUAAUAGAGGUGAAGGCCACGGAGCAAGAGGAUCCGUGGUACCAGAGGGUGUCGACAAGCGCGGGAGAACAUGAAUUCACCGAGGUGCAGUUGAAGACGUGGAAUCAGAUCCAGGAAUAUGCCGUCAUGGCGUACCGUGCCGUCCCCCGCUGCUUCCUCCUCGGCAUGGGCUUCUUUGGCGAUGUCGUCCGUUUCUUCCGAUGGGACAGAUCGUCCAUCAUCGUCUCUGAUCCCGUACACUAUAAAGUCGACCCUGCUCCGUUGAUCACGUUCGUCGUCGGCCUCGCCAAGUUUGCCAAUAGCGGGAUCGACAGGACGGCGCAUACGAGUCUCAGUACCAAGGCUGAGCUUGCGCUCGUUCACAGCUGCUACGACGAGGCGGUGCAUCUUGGGAUCCUGUCGGAGUACACGCCACAUCGCGACGGAGACACCUUAGACGGCGAGAGCACCCGCAUCAUAGUGGAAUCCCCACAGAAGCCAGGCCUGUAUGAAACUUUCAUCUCCAUCGGACGACCGAUGUUUUAUAGCAGGUUCAUCCGCGGACGCGGAACUCGAGUCUGGCUCGCGAAGAGAGCCGACCGGAGCGAUGACGGUUUCGUUGUCAUCAAGGACACGUGGCGAAAUGAGAGCCGUUGGACGGAAGGGGAGAUUUAUGGGUCGAUCUACAAGGGGGCGGAGUCGGUUUUUGGCGUGGCCCGCUUCUACCACGACUUCGAUGUCCCAGAUCCCGUUUCGACGGAAAUGCCCUGCUGUACCGCUGCUGCAAGGCUGAACGAGGAAGGGACAGAUCUCACCGAGCGCAUCCAUCAUCGUUGCGUCUUGUCAUCGGUCGGUAUUCCCCUGGAUCGCUUCAAAUCGACAAAGCAGCUGCUACACGCUAUUCGAGACGCCGUGGAGGGGCACAGGAACAUGUGUUCCAACGGUGUUCUGCACCGUGAUAUCAGCCCCCAUAACAUCAUGAUCAGCGUAUAUCCGGAAAGGGAAUUGGGCGCCCGAGGAUUCCUCAUAGACCCUGAAUUAGCAACAGUGGACACCAUGCCUGACCUAGCAACGGAACUACACUAUCUGACGGGCACUCCACCAUUCAUGGCUAUUGAUCGCUGGGUUGAUGAUGAGGCGGACCAUGAAGCAUGGCAUGACCUGGAGUCGUUCUUCUGGGUCUUAGUCUUUAUUGUUAUCCGCCACACUCCGUGCUACAUCACCCAGAAGCGGAUUGACAAGCCAGCUGUCGAGUUUCUCCCUUCUCUAUACGACACGUACCCAUCCGAUCGCAACAAGAAGACCUUCCUUACUGACGAUGCACCCAAUGUCACUGUCGCCGACAACCCUCCGCUGACUGCUUGCAUCAGGAACUUUGCUUCCAUCGUCCGCAGCCACUAUUUUGAUGAACAGUACAAGAAGCAUAUCCCACUGGAAGAACAGAAUAUGCUCACGCACGAUAGAGUUAUCUCAGUUAUGCAGGAAGCUCUGGAUUCAGCGGAUUGGCCGGCGGAAGCUGGAGAUGCAGCGAUCGCCUUUGAGCCCUUGGAAAGACGUAGUGCACAGCAGAAGCAAGAGGUCGCGGCGGCGUUGAAUGCUGCGCGUCUGAAGGCGGAAUCCGGUAGGAACUCAAGACUCUCUCGGACUUCCAAGUCAGCUCAAGUGCCCAAGCCGGGGCAGCAAGCUCAUGGCACGAGCCAGCUGAAGCCAAAGCCCUCGAAUGCAAGGAACACGUUGGCUGUACCUCCUGCCCGGAAUACCAAGCAGAAAGCGGCAGUGCCGCCUGCCAAGGUUCCUCAGCCCGUCGUUGGGCAACAAGCCACUGCGCUCCGGACGCGCAAGAGGAAGGGCUCAUCGGUCGAGGAAGAGCCUGCCAAUGAAGAGUUAGCGCAGAAGCGCUCGCGACACAGGGCCCCGGUGGCAUCAAGGACGCCGGUAGCCAGAAACACGAGGAGCGCUGCUCGUCGGAAUAACGCCACGUCGUCGUCUCAAGGGACUACUCGGAUUGUGACGCGUUCGCAGACGCGCCGCGCUCAACAGCGAUCGGGCUGA